GCUCUGGUGUAACUUUACUCUCUGCUUCUAAAUUUUUUUAGAUGUGCGAUGGAGCAGAUUAAUGGCAACCAUGAGUCCUUCUCUUCCUCCGUCAACGCCCGGGAUGAUGAAUUGACUGUGAUCCGGGCGAAACCAACCUCGGGGUUGAGCGAGAUAAUAGCCCUAGCCAUAUGGUUGGGGGGUAUCCAUUUCAAUGUUGCACUGGUCAUAAUGGCCCUUCUCUUCCUUCCAAAGUCUCUGACUUUCACGGUUUUGGGACUUCUGGUAUUGCUGAUGGUGAUUCCAAUUGACGAGAAGAGCAAACCCGGACGAAGAUUAGCCAGGUUUAUUUGUAAGCACGUCUGUGGUUACUUCCCGGUGACUCUUCAUGUGGAGGACAUGAAGGCAUUUAACCCAGAUCAAGCUUAUGUCUUUGGUUACGAGCCACAUUCAGUUUUACCAAUUGGUGUUGUUUCUCUUGCCGACCUCACGGGUUUCAUGCCUCUACCAAAGAUGAAAGUCCUGGCUAGCAGCGCUGUGUUCUAUACACCUUUUGUGAGGCACAUAUGGACAUGGCUGGGACUUACACCUGCAACAAGGAAGAAUUUUACGUCACUUUUGAAAGCUGGCUAUAGUUGCAUUGUAGUCCCAGGUGGGGUGCAGGAGACAUUUCUUAUGAAACAUGGUUCUGAGAUUGCCUACCUUAACAAAAGAAAAGGAUUUGUUCGCAUAGCUAUGGAGACAGGACGACCUCUGGUUCCAGUUUUUUGCUUUGGUCAGUCAAAUGUUUACAAGUGGUGGAAGCCCAGUGGGAAGUUGAUUCAGCAACUUGCUAGAGCUAUCAAGUUCACCCCAGUUGUCUUCUGGGGAAUUUUUGGAACACCUGUGCCAUUUCAACAUCCCAUGCAUAUUGUGGUGGGUAAACCGAUUGAGCUCAAGAGAAAUUCACAACCGACAGUGGAAGAGGUCAAUGAAAUCCACAGCAAGUUUGUUGAAGCCAUGCAAGAGCUCUUUGAAAAGCACAAAGCUAGGGUUGGUCAAGCUGAUCUCCAGUUGAAAAUUCUUUGAUCGAAGUCUUUCUCUGUGUUUCCAUGUCUUUAGUUUCCAAGCCUUUAUGGUCAUCUGCCUGUAUUUGUAUGUAACAAUUGAUACAUUGAAUCAGAAGAAAUACGGUAGUACUCAUUUAUUCUAAUCCAAUUUGAUGCAUAUCCGAAUUACCCACA